AUGUCUAAAUAAUUACAAAAUGAGAAAUAAUAAAAUGUUAUCCAAGCAUCAGGUUUGUAAGAAGCAUAUGAAUGUAAUCUAUAUACUUAAGUUAGAUUUACUUAGAUAAUUAUGCAAAAAAGGAUUACCAACAGGAAAUGUGUAUGAAUUUUCGGCAUAAACAAUUUUGAAAUAUGAAAAAAAAUUAAAAAACUAGAAUAUAUAAAUUAAAGCUCAAUAAGCUGCUAAAGAUGCACAUGGUAAUAAUAGAAUUCAUUUUAGAAAAGUUUGUUAAAAAGAUGCAGGAUAAAGAACAAAAGAAUUUAGAAGAAGUUUCAAAGUAUGAAUUGGCAUUUAGGGAAGAAUAAAAAAGAAAAGAAUAACAUAAUUAAUCUCUUUCUUAAGAACCUAUUUAAAGACAAAGUCAAGGAAAAUAGAGUUUGGAUUUGAAAAACCAACAAAUAGAUAAAGUUGACAUAUCUCCACCCAAAGGAUAAAAAAAGUAACAUGAAAUAUCUUCAUCUCCAUCUAAAUAAGAAAUUAAAGUUUAAAAAUAAGAGCCUGAAUAAAUUGUAUAACCAUAAUCAUAAAAUUAAUAAUAACAAUAAGGAUAAUAACAAUAAUAAAAUAAUAAUAAUAAUAAAAAGGGAUCAGUUCAGAUUUAGAAAAAGGACACAAAGAAAUAGAAUUAAAAUGAUUAAUCUAUAUUAAAAGAUUUAAAAUUAGAAGAAUAAAAAGAUUAAUAAAAAUAAUAAGAAUAAUAAUAAAAGUAAUAGGAAUAAUAAUAAUAAUAAUAAAAGUAAUAGGAAUAAUAAUAAUAAUUGUAGUAAUAAUAAUAAAAUAAAACAAAUGAAACAAAUAAAGAAUAGCCAAAAGAACAAUAAAAAUAGGAUAAUAAAAAAACAACCAAGAAAAAAUGA